UAAUUUACAUUGGAUUUAUCUUGGAAGCAGUUUGCAAAUUUAUUUUGUAUAUGACUGAAUUAUUAACUUCUUGAUAUACACUUACAAAAAACGGAAAAGAUGCAGCGGUUAAGCUCAAGGGCUACCACCCAUGCUCAUUCUGGCCUUAGUAAAACGCCAUCAAAGCUCCUCCGGAAAAACAUGCUUAUGCUAGAAGAAGCCAAGAAGGAGUUAGAAAAACAGCUGCAAGCAGUUAAAGAAGAAAGGAAAAUAUCUAUUGACUCAAAAUAUCGGUACUUUUUCAGCUUGAUAGCAGAAGUAUUGAAUUUGGAGACAGAAUUUAUUGAGAAUUGUGUUGUUGCUGAUGAAAAGUUUCAUUUGAUAAAAAGUUUUCUUGCACCCAAAGGGAACAAAAAACUGUUAUUCUUCUACCAAGACCAACCCAAGACGGAUAUGCCAGGAGACAAAACUGCUGGUGGUAAAGGUGCAAAGCAGUUUUUUAUGGCUACAGCAACUGAAGAGACGGAAAUACCAGGAGACAAAACUGGUGCUGGUGGUAAAGGUGCAAAACAGUUUUUGAUAACAACAGGAAAUGAUGAGGCUCUCACUGGAAUAUGUUGUGGUUUCAUACGCAUUGGAGAUAAGGCAAUUACUGACGUCAAUAUUGGUAUUGAAACAAAUUUUCAUGUUAUUGAUUGUAGUGAAACUGGAAUAUUAAAAACAUUUGUAGAAAGGAUUGAUUAUAUGCUUGAAAUAUUGCAGUCUUUGAAUACGCUCUAUCCUGGCAACAAGUCAAGAAUUAAAGAUGAAGACAUCUUGGAACAAAUGCAGUUGAAACUUUAUGCCAAUAGCUUGUCACGAGCUGUCGUCACUCUUGAACAACGGUUAAUUUUAUCACUUACAGAAACCAAAGAACUACUGAAAGACAUCUCCUUUCCACUUGAUUGUAAUACUGCAGCUGGAAAUCGAGACUUAGUAUUUAAAUUAGAAAACGUAUCAAAUGAGUGGUCGACAAUGAUAGAGACAGUGCUGGCUGAGAGUGAGCAACUACGGCGAGAGGAGAAUGAUGUUGGACCCCAGGCUGAGCUGAUCUAUUGGAAGAGUAGAAUGUUUAAAUUCAAUAAUGUUCUGGAACAGUUGAAAAGUAAGGAAGUGAAGGCAGUUAUGGCUAUUCUACAAGCAGCAAAAUCUAAACAAAUUAAAAAGUGGAUUGAAUUGGGUGGCCGUAUUACUGAUGUUGCUAAUGAAGCAAGAGAUAAUGUGAAAUAUCUUCAUAUUUUGGAUAAAUUUCUUGAUCCCAUAAUCAAUGCAACUAAUCCUAAUAGAAUUGCCGACCAUAUAUCCAGUCUUAUGAAUGCAAUACAAAUGAUUUACUGUAAUUCCCAAUAUUUCAAUACUUCUGAACGGAUGACAUCAUUGUUUGUCAAAAUAACUAACCAGUUGAUAUCGACAUGCAAGGCUUACCUGUUAGAGGAUGAAUACAAAAUAUGGGACCGGCAAAAAGAAGUGGUAAUACCAAUGCUGCAAGAUUGCAUGAAACUGAAUGAAAAAUACCAUGAAGAAUUCUGUAAAACAAAAGAAUAUCUCAAAUAUCAACCUUCUAAAAGACAAUUUGAAUUCAGUGAACACUGCAUAUUUUGGAAAUUUGAUGCUUUUUGCAAGCGACUUGAAAAGAUCCAAGAGACUAUUGACACAAUAAACGUAUUUCUUCUUAUGAAAGAUAUCAAAAUUGAUGGCAUAGAGUCUGUUUUGGUGAAAAACAAGACAAUUAUAGAAACAAUGAAGAAAAAGAAUUAUGACAUAUUUGAUUACAGAAAUAAUGAGUUUGAUCAAGACUAUGUCAAUUUCAUGAGUCAAAUUGACUAUCUGUGCUUGAUGAUACUCGUACUCAUUGACAGCUGGAUUGAAAGAUUUUCUACACAACGCGCUCUAGCGCUUAUAAUGAAAUUUGAGAAGAUUGACAAGUUGGACCUCACUGAGCGUUUCUUUACUUUGUUGAGAAACUAUGGCAAAGAUUUAGAAACAAUUCGUAAACUCUACCAAAAGCAAAGAUCAGACCCAGAGAUCCCAAACAACAUGCCACCAACAGCUGGUCGAAUUAUGUGGUCUCAGCAGUUACAAAGGAAGAUUGAAGAACCAAUGAAAUGUUUUAUAAACAAACCUGAAAUUAUGAAACACCCGGAUGGACAGAGGAUAAUGGCUAAUUACAGAAAGUUAUCAAAAUGUUUGCAGACUUAUGAGCUUUGCUAUUAUCAAAGCUGGUUUAAAGCUGUGGUGAAUAUUAAAAGAAAUCUACAUAUUCCACUUCUAAUGUACUCUCCUGCAAAUGAUGAACUGUUUGUAAAUUUUGAUAUACAAAUUUUUGAUGCUAUACUGGAAACAAAAUGGAUCAUGUAUUUAGGACUAAAUGUUCCGGAGAAAGCCACAGAUAUGGUUGAGAAAGAAAGUUCACUCAAAAUCCUGUUACCUUGGUUUCAAGAUGUGCUAAAUGAAUUCAAACAUAUCAAAGCAAAGAUUCCAUCCUUGCUGAUACCAGUGAUGGGUCCAUACUAUUCUGACAUAUAUGAUAGUUUUGAACCGGGUAUCAAGUCCCUAACUUGGACAUCUAUUAAUAUUGACACAUACAUCAAGACAUCAAAAGAAGCCGUUGAUAAAUUCAAGAUACUUGUGAAACGAGUGACAGAUCUCUUGGAAUGUCAGAUUGAUGGCACUUUGGAGAAAAUGUCAAUGACAACACUCUGUUCUAUACCCGAUAAUCAUGCAUUAACCAUUGAUGAUUUUGUUGAAGAAACUACCACAGUCGUAGCAGAAGCUGCUACUAACUUAAGUGUUUCAAGCAAACUGAUUGAAAUGUCUGUUGGGGAACUUUUUGAUUUAUUGAAGUCAAACUUGGAACUAGAUGUGAAAAAAUACCUUAUAGCCGAGAAUGGUUACCCAUGUACUAAUCCAGAUACCAAAUAUAAAAAUCAGGCUUGCAAUGAAUGCUUAGCUUGCGGUUACCAUAACAUGCUAAUUUACUUCACACAGAAAAACACCGAUGCUCUUGUAAAGAGUACUCGUAUGACUCUUAAUUUGUUGAAAAGAACACUUCAGAGCAACACUCAGUAUAAAGGAGAUGCAAAAUCUUACUGGCAGCCAGCCUUAUUCAAAAGCGACAUAAUUCUUGAAAUCCCAGAUGUAGUCCUGAAACCUAGCCUUGAAGAUCUACAGCAUGGGCUUAACAAAGCAGUGAAUAUUAUCAUCAAUAUGGCCCAGAAUAUUGAGCCAUGGAGGCACUUGGCAACUGCUGUGCCUGACAUAAGCGAAGCAGAAGUUGCGGAAAAUGGAGAUGAACAAACAAAAGUGGUACCUGAUCAAUCACCAAAGACAUUCUUCAAAAUAAUUAGUGAACAUAAGGACAUUGUAAAAAUUGUGAUCCAGCUAAACUCCACACUUACCAUCAUGAAAUCAACUGUUCAACAAAUUCUGAAAAAAUUUACAAAAUAUUCAGAACUUUGGACUCGGGAUAUGAAUGAGAUUAUCAAGGAUCUGGUGGCUAGUAACCCAAAUAUUACUGAAUUUGAAGAAAAUCUUCGUCACUUUAGGAGUUUACAACAAGAAAUUGAGCAGAUUGAAUCCAGCUACACUAUUGGACCAAUAGAAAUGAUGACAGAAAACUUAAAAACAUCCCUUGGUACAGAAGUCAAAGCUUGGGAAUAUUCAUAUGCAAAGGCUCUAAAUGAAAUCUCUGCACAAAAGAUGAAUACUGUCUUCUCUUUCUUUGAUCGUAUGAUGAAAAGCUUGUCCCACCCCGUUAAAGAUCUGGAUGAUGUACGUUCACUGAUGGCAGCCAUAAAUGAAGGAAAAGAAGCUGAAGUGUCAGUUGAAUUUAAUUUCAUUCCCAUAGAAGAGGCUUAUUCUUUAUUACAUAAGUAUGGCAUUGUUUUUAAUGAUGGAAAUGCUGAACGCCUUGAUUCAUUUGCCUAUCUGUUUUCAAAAGUGAAAACUCAGUCUCUAGAAGUUCAAGGAAUGCUAUUGGAAAUUCAACCUCAAUUCAAGAUGGAGUUGUCAGCUGGUGUUGAACAGUUUGCUGUGGACUAUUCUCAAUUUCUUGAUGAUUAUACGAUGAAAGGCCCAAUGGAAGAAGGUAUUGAGCCUAGAGAAGCAUCUGAUAGAAUGAAGAUUUUCCAGUGCAUAUUUGAUGAAUUGUGGGGUAAAUACCUAACCUACUCUGGAGGCGAAGAACUCUUUGGCCUGCCAGUUACUGAAUACCCUGAUUUGAUGAGAAUAAAGAAAGAGCUAAAUCUUUUACAAAAACUUUACCAGCUUUAUAAUGCAGUAUUAGCCUCUGUGAGUGGAUAUUAUGAUAUACCCUGGACUGAAAUUGAUAUUGAUAAAAUAAAUGCAGAACUUCUUGAAUUCCAAACUAGGUGUCGGAAGUUGCCAAAGGCUUUGAAGCAGUGGAAGGCCUUUUUUGAUUUAAGCAAGACAAUUGAUGAUUUUAAUGAGACUUGUCCUCUGCUUGAAAUGAUGGCAAACAAAGCCAUGCAACCAAGGCAUUGGGAAAGAAUUGAGGUACUUACAAAGCACAAAUUCGAUGUAGAAUCUGACACUUUCCUUUUGAAGAAUUUGAUGGAAGCACCAUUAUUAGAAAACAAGGAAGAUAUUGAGGAUAUAUGUAUAUCUGCUGUGAAAGAAAAAGAUAUUGAAGCUAAGUUGAAACAAGUCAUACAAGAAUGGGCCACACAGGAAUUGGCUUUCUCUACCUUUAAAAAUCGUGGGGAGUUAUUGUUAAAAGGUGACACUAUCACUGAAGCUAUUUCUCUGAAUGAAGACAGUUUGAUGGUCUUGGGAUCACUUCUUAGUAACAGAUACAAUGUUCCAUUUAAAGCAGCCAUUCAAACCUGGGUUACAAAUCUGUCAACCACUGCUGAAAUCAUUGAGAACUGGAUCAUGGUACAAAAUCUUUGGAUUUAUUUGGAGGCUGUCUUUGUUGGAGGUGAUAUUGCCAAACAACUACCUCAGGAAGCCAAACGGUUUAGCACCAUUGACAAAUCCUGGGUGAGGAUUAUGCAACGUGCUCAUGAGAUACCUAAUAUUGUAGCCUGCUGUGUUGGUGAUGAUAUUUUAUCCCAGCAGUUGCCUUAUCUAUUAGAGCAGUUGGAGAUGUGUCAAAGGUCACUUACUGGUUAUCUUGAGAAGAAGAGAUUGGUUUUCCCUCGUUUCUUUUUUGUGUCUGAUCCAGCUCUGCUAGAAAUCCUUGGGCAGGCUAGUGAUUCUCAUACAAUUCAAUCACAUCUGUUGAGUGUUUUUGACAACAUAAAAUCAGUGAAGUUUGAUGAAAAGAACUAUGAUAAGAUCUUGUCUGUGUAUUCAUCUGAGAAGGAAACUGUUAAUCUUGAUGAAACAGUACUUGCUCAGGGCAAUGUUGAAGUUUGGCUGGGAGAUUUAUUGAGAGUAUCUCGCCACUCUUUACAUACGGUUAUCCGAAGUUCUUACUUUGCAACUAGUGAUCCAAUGUUUAAACUCAUUGAAUUUCAAAAUGCUUAUCCUGCUCAAGUUGGCCUGUUAGGCUUACAGAUAAUGUGGACCAGAGAUUCUGAAGAGGCCCUCAGUCGAGCUCGAGUUGAUAAGAAAAUUAUGGGAUCAGUCAACGACAAAUUUGGAGAAAUCCUUAAUGAGUUAAUCAAUGUAACAAUGCAAGAGCUCAGCAAAGUAGACCGUACCAAAUUUGAGACUCUUGUUACUAUACAUGUGCAUCAAAAAGACAUUUUUGAGGACUUGGUACGCAUGCAUAUUAGGUCAGUUAAUGACUUUGAAUGGUUGAAGCAGUCCCGAUUUAGCUUCAAAGAAGACAUAGAUCAGUGUAUAAUUUCUAUCACAGAUGUCAAUUUCACUUAUAUGAAUGAAUUUCUUGGAUGUACUGAUCGUCUGGUCAUCACCCCUCUUACUGACAGAUGUUAUAUAAGUCUUGCUCAAGCGCUUGGAAUGUCACUUGGUGGUGCUCCAGCUGGGCCAGCCGGAACUGGCAAAACUGAAACAACAAAAGAUAUGGGUAGAUGCCUCGGUAAAUAUGUUGUCAUAUUUAACUGCUCAGAUCAAAUGGAUUACAGAGGACUUGGAAGAAUUUAUAAAGGUUUGUCACAGUCUGGCUCAUGGGGCUGUUUUGAUGAGUUCAACAGAAUUGAGUUACCUGUACUGUCUGUUGCUGCUCAACAAAUCGCUAUUGUCCUUACAUGCAAGAAAGAAAGAAAGCCAACUUUUAUCUUUACUGAUGGAACUACUGUUGAUAUGGAUCCAGAAUUUGGGCUUUUUAUCACCAUGAAUCCUGGGUAUGCAGGACGCCAAGAGUUGCCUGAGAACUUAAAAAUCAAUUUCCGUACUGUUGCAAUGAUGGUUCCAGAUCGUGGAAUAAUAAUGAGAGUAAAAAUGGCAAGCUGUGGUUUCCAGCAGAAUAUUCUACUCGCUCAAAAGUUUUUCACCUUAUACAAACUUUGUGAAGAACAGCUUACGAAGCAGGUUCACUAUGAUUUUGGUCUGAGAAAUAUUUUGUCUGUAUUGAGAAUUCUUGGUUCAAGUAAAAGAGAAAACCAGCAAGACAGUGAAGCCACUAUUGUAAUGAGAGUUCUUAGAGACAUGAACUUGUCAAAACUGGUUGAUGAAGAUGAGCCACUAUUUAUGUCUUUGAUUGAUGAUUUGUUUCCUGGCAUGAAACUCGAAAAAGCUGGUUAUCCACAAAUAGAAGCAGCUAUCUGUAAACAAGUUACUGAUAAUGGUUUAAUAGUUCAUCCCCCAUGGAUUUUGAAACUGGUGCAGUUAUAUGAAACACAGAGUGUACGGCAUGGCAUGAUGACAUUAGGACCAUCAGGAAGUGGUAAAACCAAAUGUAUCCACAUGUUACAGAAGUCCCUUACUGCAUGUGGUUUCCCCCACAAAGAAAUGAGAAUGAAUCCUAAAGCCAUUACAGCUCCACAAAUGUUUGGUAGAUUGGAUGUUGCUACUAAUGACUGGACAGAUGGAAUUUUCUCAACCCUCUGGAGAAAGACACUGAAAUCCAAAAAGGGUGAGCAUAUUUGGAUUGUCUUAGAUGGACCAGUCGAUGCUAUUUGGAUAGAAAACUUAAACUCAGUGUUGGAUGAUAACAAAACACUUACCCUUGCAAAUGGUGACCGUAUACCAAUGGCACCCCUUUGCAAAAUUAUAUUUGAAGUCCAUAAUAUAGAUAAUGCUUCCCCUGCUACUGUGUCACGAAAUGGAAUGGUUUUUAUGAGCAGCUCUAUUCUCAAUUGGGAUCCUUUACUUCAAGCCUGGCUUGCUACCAAACCAAUUGGGAUAAGAUCUAUUGUGUACAGCAUAUUUGAAGAGACUUUUACCAUCUCUUACAUAUUCUUAAUUCAAAAUUUAUGUGCCAAAAUCCAGCUGCUUGAAUGCAAUUAUGUUGCACAAGCCUUAACAAUUAUGGAAGGAUAUCUGCCUGGAGAGGAAGAAUUGAAAGAUAUAGCUACCGAAAAGCUUCAAAAUAUUGUUGUUUUCGCAUUGAUGUGGUCCCUAGGGGCUUUAUUGGAACUUGAUGACAGAUUAAAGCUUGAAGAAUUUUGGAAAGAAAACUGCACGUUGCCAUUGCCUCCUGUCAUGGAAUCACAAACAAUAUUUGAAUAUGUUGUGUCUGACAAAGGAAUGUGGGAACACUGGUCUCAGAGGAUAACUCAAUACGUAUACCCUAAGGAUUCUACUCCAGACUACACAACAAUCUUAAUUCCAAACAUUGACAAUGUACGCACUGAUUUCCUUAUCAAUAUGAUUGCAAAGCAAUGUAAAGCAGUUUUAUUGAUUGGAGAACAGGGAACUGCGAAAACUGUCAUGGUUCAAGCCUAUUGCAGUAAAUACAAUCCAGAAGAACACCUUUUCAAGAGUUUUAGCUUUUCCAGUGCUUCAACUCCAUUAAUGUUUCAACGUACUAUGGAAAGUUAUGUGGAAAAAAGAAUGGGUACAACAUACGGUCCCCCAGCUGGAAAAAGGCUCACUGUAUUUAUUGAUGACAUCAAUAUGCCAAUUAUCAAUGAGUGGGGUGAUCAGGUCACAAAUGAAAUUACUCGGCAAAUGAUAGAAAUGAAUGGAUUCUAUAACCUUGAAAAACCUGGAGAAUUUACAACAGUUACUGAUAUCCAGUUACUGGCUGCAAUGAUUCAUCCUGGAGGAGGCCGAAAUGAUAUUCCUCAGAGACUCAAGCGUCAGUUCUCUAUCUUUAACUGUACUCUGCCUUCAAACAAUUCUGUUGAUCAGAUUUUUCAAACUAUUGGUUGUGGACAUUUUUGCAAGGAAAGACACUUUCCUGAAAGUGUUAUUGAAAUGGUUCCAACACUCAUACCUGCAACCAGAAAGUUAUGGCAAGAUAUAAAAGUGAAAAUGCUACCAACUCCAGCCAAAUUUCAUUAUGUUUUUAAUUUGAGAGAUCUCAGUAGAAUAUGGCAGGGCAUGUUGAAAAGUGAAGCAGAGGUUAUUAACACAGCAGAAGUUCUUGUUUGUCUUUGGAAACAUGAAUGCACUAGAGUGUUGGUUGACCGCUUCAUCAAUGUAGAUGAUAAGAAUUGGUUUGAGAAAGUAUGUAAGGAGGUGGCGAAAGAGUAUUUUGGUGCCUCAUUGGCUUCAUCGAUGAAGGCAGAACCUUAUUUUGUAAAUUUUCUCCGGGAUGCGCCAGAAGCCACAGGGGAAGAGGCAGAUGAUGCAGAGAUAGAGGCCCCAAGAGUAUAUGAAGAGAUUUACUCUUUUCCAGAACUGAACACUCGAUUGAUAAAUUUUAUGCAUCUAUAUAAUGAAGCUAUCAGAGGGGCUAAUAUGGAUCUUGUCUUUUUUAAGGAUGCUAUGAUUCACCUUAUUAAAAUAUCCCGGAUUAUUUGCACAACUAAAGGACAUGCUCUUCUUGUUGGUGUUGGUGGCUCAGGAAAGCAGAGUCUUACACGACUGGCUUCAUUCAUUGCUGGGUAUACCACUUUCCAAAUCACUUUGACCAGAUCGUAUACAACAUCAAACCUAAUGGAUGACCUCAAGCAUCUUUAUCGUACUUCUGGACAGUACGGGAAAGGUAUUACCUUUCUGUUUACUGACAAUGAAAUCAAAGAAGAAGGUUUUCUUGGCUUUUUGAAUAAUAUCCUUGCAACAGGAGAAGUUGCCAACUUGUUUGCCAGAGAUGAAAUUGAUGAAAUUAUUCAGGAAUUAUUUGUUCCAAUGAAGAGGGACUUUCCAAGACGUCCUCCGACAAAUGAGAAUUGCUAUGAUUAUUAUCUUAGCCGUGUCAAGAAGAAUUUGCAUGUGGUUUUGUGUUUCUCCCCAGUUGGAGAGAAAUUCCGAAGCCGAGCAUUGCAGUUCCCUGGUUUGAUUUCUGGAUGUACCAUGGACUGGUUUCAAGGUUGGCCAAGAGAUGCUCUGGUGGCUGUGUCCAAUCAUUUCCUUGGAUCUUUUGAAAUAAUUUGUUCAAAUCCUGUGAAAGAAGCUGUGAUAGAGACUAUGGGUGCUUAUCAGGAUAUUGUGUCUGGAUUAUCUGUUGAAUAUUUCAACAGCUACCGCCGACAGACACACGUAACACCAAAAUCUUACUUAUCCUUCAUCAAAGGAUAUAAACAAAUAUAUACUGAGAAGAAAAAAGAAAUUGGAUUUCUGGCUAAUCGGAUGAAUACAGGUCUAAAUAAAUUGGUGGAGGCUUCUGAAGCAGUCAACGAACUCUCAUUGGAACUUGUUGAGAAAGAAAAAGAGCUUGAAAUUGCUUCCCAAGAAGCAGACAUCGUUUUAAAGGAAGUCACCAUAAAAGCUCAAGCAGCUGAAAAGGUUAAGCGUCAAGUACAAGCGGUGAAGGACAAAGCGCAGGCAAUUGUAGAUGCUAUAUCAGACGACAAAGCAAUUGCAGAGAAGAAAUUGGAAGCUGCCAAACCUGCCCUUCUAGAAGCAGAAUUGGCUUUACAGACCAUCAAACCAGCACAUAUAGCAACAGUGAAAAAACUGGCUAAACCUCCACAUUUGAUUAUGAGAAUUAUGGAUGUUGUACUGAUAUUGUUUCAACGGAGACUUGAUAUCACAACGAAGGACCCUGAUUUAAAUUGUACAAAACCUUCAUGGAGUGAAGCAUUGAAGUUAAUGUCUGGCAACUUCUUGAAUGGACUCCUCACAUUUCCAAAAGAUACUAUAAACAGUGAGACUGUUGAGCUAAUGCAAGUAUAUCUGAAAAUGGAGGAUUAUACUUUUGAAACAGCCAAGAAAGUAUGUGGUGAUGUUGCAGGACUUCUCUCAUGGACUUGUGCAAUGGCUAUGUUUUUUGGUAUCAACAAAGAGGUUUUGCCUUUGAAAUAUGAUGAAGCUAUGAGGAAGAAGCAGGCUCUUGUUGAUGAUGCUGAUGCUUGCCGCAAGAAGAUGAGUAAUGCUACAGCAUUGAUAGAAGGACUCAGUGGGGAGAAAAUACGUUGGACUGAUGCCAGCAAAGAUUUUGCUCAGCAGAUACAGAAUCUAGUAGGAAAUGUACUGUUGGCAACAGGCUUUCUUUCAUAUACUGGACCCUAUAACCAAGAGUUCCGUGACAAACUGAUGAAUUCUUGGAAGCAGGAAAUGACCAAAGCUAAAAUACCAUUUACGCCAAAAAUAGACAUCAUAGGCAUGUUAGUAGACACGACCACAAUUACUGAGUGGAACUUGCAAGGUUUACCCAACGAUGAACUUUCUACACAGAAUGGACUGAUUGUGAACAAAGCAGCUCUCUUUCCUCUACUCAUUGACCCACAAGGACAAGGAAAGGCCUGGAUUAAAAACCGAGAAAAAGAAAAUAAUCUUCAAAUUACGUCUCUGAAUCACAAAUACUUUCGAACCCACCUAGAAGAUAGUUUGUCUGCUGGUCGACCAUUAUUGAUUGAAGAUAUAGAAGAAGAACUUGACCCAGCAUUGGAUAACAUCUUAGAAAAAAAUAUUAUCAAAAUUGGUACCAAUUACAAGGUAAAAAUUGGUGACAAAGAAGUAGACUUUGACAAAUACUUUCGCCUGUACAUCACUACCAAAUUGUCAAAUCCUGCAUAUACUCCUGAAAUUUCUGCCCGCUCCUCUAUCAUUGAUUUCACUGUUACUUUAAAAGGACUUGAAGACCAGCUUCUUAGCAUUGUUAUCCUAAAAGAGAAACAGGAAUUGGAAAGUGAAAGGACAAAAAUGCUGGAAGAAGUUACAUCAAAUAAGCGUAAAAUCCAGGAAUUAGAGGAUGCCUUACUCUACCAGUUGACAUCUACAGAAGGUUCUCUUGUUGAAGAUGAGUCUCUGAUACAGGUGUUGGAGAAUACUAAAACUACAGCUGUAGAUAUUGCAGAAAAGCUCAGGGUUGCAGCAGAUACAGAAAUCAUGAUAAAUGCUGCCAGAGAAGAAUUCCGGCCUGUUGCAUCCCAAGGCAGUAUUGCUUACUUUGUCAUUGUGGAAAUGAGUUUAGUGAAUGUGAUGUACCAAACAUCACUGAAGCAGUUCCUGGGAAUCUUUGAUUACUCCAUUAAGAAAUCUGCCAAGUCACCGGUCACAUCUAAACGUAUAAUGAACAUUAUCGAAUACUUUACAUUCAAGAUAUUCACAUACACCUGCCGUGGUCUGUAUGAACGAGAUAAGUUUCUGUUUACCCUUCUCCUUACAAUCAAGAUUGCCAUUGCCUCAGGAUCUAUCAUACCCUUGGAAUUUGAUACAUUUAUUAAAGGAGGAGCAGCUCUUGAUUUGAAUGCUGUUCAACCAAAGCCAAAGAAGUGGAUUUCAGAUAUGACUUGGCUUAAUUUGGUGACUUUGAGUAACUUAUCACAGUUUGCACAGAUUCUUGGACAGGUAACAAGAAAUGAUAAGGCCUGGAAGCAUUGGUUUGAUGAUAAUGUCCCAGAAGAGGCCCAAAUACCAGAUGGCUACACUGAAUCAUUAGAUUCCUGGCACAAACUAUUACUGAUACGCUCGUGGUGCCCAGAUCGUGUUAUUCCGAUGGCAAGGAUAUUUGUUGCUGAAGCAAUGGGACCUCAGUUUGCUGAAAGUGGAAUUUUGAAUUUGGAAGAUAUAUGUGAUGAAUCUGACAAUCAUACUCCUAUGAUUUGCUUUCUGUCAAUGGGUUCUGAUCCAACAAGCAAUAUUGAGAAGCUUGCUAAAAAGAAAGUUAUGAAAUGUGGUGCCAUAUCCAUGGGACAAGGUCAAGAGGUCCAUGCCAGAAAAUUAGUGAGUAUAUCAAUGCAAGAGGGUCAUUGGGUCUUGCUACAGAACUGCCAUCUUGGAUUAGAAUUCAUGACUGAAUUAUUUGUCACUGUGACUACUACAGAAAAAAUUAAUGAGGACUUCCGUUGUUGGGUAACCACAGAAGAACAUCCAAAGUUCCCAAUUAAUCUUCUCCAGGUGUCUCUUAAAUUUACCAACGAGCCACCCCAGGGAAUAAAAGCUGGGUUAAAAAGGACUUAUGGCAAUGUGACGCAGGAGCAACUGGAUAUUAAUGCUACACUAACAUGGAAAAUGAUGUUGUAUGCUGUAGCAUUUCUGCACACAACUGUUCAAGAAAGGAGGAAAUUUGGUCCUAUAGGAUGGAAUAUUCCCUAUGAGUUCAACCAAGCAGAUUUCACAGCAACUGUGCAAUUCAUUCAGACACAUUUAGAUGAAAUUGACCCGAAGAAAGGAGUUUCCUGGAGCACAGUUCGUUACAUGAUCAGUGAAGUGCAAUAUGGUGGUCGUGUCACUGACGAUUUUGACAAAAGGCUGUUAAAUACUUUUGCUAAAGUGUGGUUUUGUGAAGAGAUGUUUUCAGAUACUUUCAGUUUCUAUACUGGUUACACAAUACCAAAAUUCAAGACACUUGAGGAUUUCCGCCAGUUUAUUGAACAACUCCCUCCAGUGGACACACCACAAGCUUUUGGUUUACAUCCCAAUGCUGAUAUUACAUAUCAAACCAAUACAGCCAAUGAUCUACUUUUGACUAUGAUGAAUAUUCAACCAAAAGAAUCCCGAGGUGGAGAAGGUGAGACAAGAGAGAGUGUUGUCUACAAAUAUGCUAAUGACAUGCUUGAGAAGAUGCCACAUAGUUAUAACCCAUUUGAGGUGAAAGAACGGCUAAAAAAGAUGGGAAUAAUCCAGCCCAUGAAUAUCUUUCUGCGACAAGAAGUGGACCGCAUGCAAGUAGUUAUUUCAACAGUUCGUAGCACGUUGGUCAACCUGAAACUUGGUAUAGAUGGUACAAUCAUCAUCAAUGAGAAUCUUAGAGAUGCUUUAGACAACAUAUUUAAUGCAAGAGUGCCAGUCUCCUGGAAGAAGAUUUCAUGGGAUGCUGCAACUUUAGGAUUUUGGUUCACAGAUCUCAUUGAAAGAAAUGAACAGUUUUACAACUGGGUGUUUGAAGGACGUCCCAAUUAUUUUUGGAUGACCGGUUUCUUUAAUCCUCAAGGUUUUCUUACUGCUAUGCGCCAGGAGAUCACAAGAGCACACAAAGGUUGGGCCUUAGAUGCUGUUGUUCUAAACAACAAUGUCACAAAAUCAAUGAAAGAGGAUAUCAAUUCUGCUCCACAGGAAGGUGUAUAUGUGCAUGGACUUUUCUUGGAUGGGGCAGCCUGGGACAAGCGGAACAGCCGUGUAAUUGAGCAGACUCCCAAAGUACUCAAUGUAAUUCUUCCUGUUGUCCAUGUUUUUGCAAUUAACACUGAGAGGCCAAAAAGCAACGAUAUCUAUGAUUGUCCUGUGUACAAGAAACCACAACGUACUGAUCUCACCUACAUAUUUCCUCUCCUGCUCAAAACAAACAAACCUCCAGAUCAUUGGAUUUUAAGAGGUGUUGCUUUACUCUGUGAUAUCAGAUAAUAAAUUAAAAACGUUUCCAUAAAUAUU